AUGGCAUCAAUAUCCAAGGCCGAGAAGGCCUUCAUCCAAUCCUCCUUACUAUCUGAUCCGCCAUUACGAGCAGACAGCCGCGGUUUGAUAGAUUUUCGAACCAUAGCCCUUGAGUCUGGAGUUGCCCCCAUCGCAAAUGGCAGCGCACGUGUUAGCAUCGGUAGAAACGCGCAGGACGGCGGUGGAGGCACCGAAGUCGUAGCCGCUGCAAAAUUAGAAGUUGAGAGCGUCGGCGAUGGCGAAGGCGCAGAUGGUGGACGAGUGGCUUGCUCUGUAUCCUGCUCUCCAACUGCAUACCCUCUCCUUUCCCCAAAUGCCCUAGAUGACCUGCAACAUGACAUGACGUCCGCAUUGAAUGCUACCCUCUCUCAUCCGACAAUCCGACCAACAAACCUUGGUAUCAUACCUGGAAAGAAAUCUUGGUUGCUCAAUCUCGAUAUCAUAGUGUUUUCUGACGCAGGGAACAUAUUCGACGCAAUUUUCAUGGCUGCACGCGCCGCUUUGUGGGAUACAAAGGUACCUAUAACAAAAAGCGUCCAAUACCGCGCGAAGAAAGGCGAAACUCAGGCUAUGGACGUGGACACAGACGAAACAGCCCUUGUCGGCAGCGCACUGGACACACGGCAGGCGAUUCAAGUGGCUGACUUCGAGCUUCCUGACUACUGGGACGAAGGCGAACCCCUAGAUGGAAGACAAGCAUGGCCGGUUUGUCUGACUCUCAAUCUGUUACCAACCUUGCAUUUCCUAGAUGCUACGCUACAAGAAGAAGCUUCUGUGCCUCUCAAGUUACUCGUAUUUUACUCCUUCCCGUCAGAUGCGACUCCACUGUUGCGAGGCAUGCGCUUGCUCGGGACAGGCGUGUCGGACCUCACACAGGUCAAAAGCCUCUUGAAAGAUGGGGAGAAGUAUGCUCGGAAUGUGUGGGUCGCUCUUGAAGGGAAGCUCAAGGACGAAGACUUUAGACGCAAUCAAAAAGCCAGAGAGAGAUUUCUUAAUAGAUAA